UAUUUCAGAGCUGUAGCGCCGUCUAGACCGCGAGAAGAUGAGCAAUGGCAAUAGAAAACAAACCUGGGGAGGAAUUUGACACAAUUUUCAGUCGAAACGACUCCCUGGAGCUCUCCUCUCACCACGAAUACGACACUACACACGCUCGGAUUUUCAAGAUAAUAGUAAUAGGAGACUCAAAUGUGGGGAAGACGUGUUUGACCUACCGGUUUUGCGGGGGCACUUUCCUGAAAAACCCCGAGGCAACUAUCGGGGUCGAUUUCAGAGAGAGGACGCUGGAGCUGGAUGGAGAGAGUAUCAAGUUACAGAUUUGGGACACAGCAGGUCAGGAGCGCUUCAGGAAGAGCAUGGUGGAGCACUACUACCGCAGCGUCCACGCUGUGAUCUUUGUGUAUGACGUGACCAGCCUUUCUUCCUUCGAGAGCAUCCCCGAGUGGAUUCAGGAGUGCAGCCGGCACUCCGUGGGGCCCCUUGUGCCCCGCAUCAUGGUAGGAAACAAGUGUGACCUGAGGGACCGCCGGGAGGUUCCCACAUCAGCCGCACAGUGUCUCGCUGACAGCUACAACUUCCCGCUGUUUGAGACUUCAGCCAAGGACCCGUCUGAAAAGGAAAAUGUGGAUGCUAUCUUUCUGACUUUAGCUUACAGGCUGAAGAGCCACAAACCCCUGAGACUAAAGCAGCCCAGUGAGAGCAAUUUGAGGCAAAUGUGGAACCAGAGAGAGCGGGAAGCAGCAACUUGUCAAUGCUGAGGUCACCUACAUCCUCCAUGGAUGUACUUGGAUUAUAUAAUACUAUCAUGGCAGUCCUUCAGGAGUGUGCUGAGAAAAGCAGAUUUCAACAACACAGAGGCUUAAAAUUUAUAAAGCACUCUCAUAUCAGUUAGCUAGAAAUGAUAGAAGCUUGGUAAGAUUUUACAAUUUUCCCUGCCUGGUAUGAGGCACAGCUAAAUUAAAUAAACAAGUCAGUAAAAUGCAUGAAUGCAUAUGGAGGUAUGCCGAGUAUUUGUAGCCCAAACUGCACUUCGGAUCGCCGAGUCUGCAAACAGAAGAUUGCAGAGCGCACUUUAGUGGAUGCAUGAUCAUAAAUGAUAUGCAGCCGUUGCCAGUACAGCAGCAUUACUGCACUAUAGUGUAUCUGCAGGUCUCAAUGCAAUUAAAAGACAAACGUAAUGAAGAGAAAAAUUGAUUUUUUUUGUGUGUGUGUGUGUGUGUAAAGGGACCAAUAGGAUAUGCUGAUACUGUGACGAACACUGCAAUUGAAUGUUCUGAAGUGAUAUUUUAGUUCUUAAAAGUGCAGUGUGAGACUUGGUGCUGUUAUUGAAUGUAUUUGUGUCAGCUAAUGCACAUGGACAGCUGUUUGAAGA